CCUGUUCUGUUGGAGCAGGAGACCUGCUUUGCUCACCUGGAAGCAAGGAGAAGCUACAAGGCCUUCUUUCCUCUGCCCCUCCUCCCUGCCCCCAUAAAAUGUUAUAUAAGAGGAGGAAAUUGUACCCUUGAACGUUUGAAAACCCUGUUUUCCAGUUGCCAGCACCGGCUUUAUAUAUGAGAGUUUAAAGGUCUCAGUCAGAGACACUUUGGCUACUACUCAGGGGACAAGAGCUAAUUGUGUGUAUUUUGGUGAUUUGAUUACAAUAGAGGUGUGGGACACAUUUCUGAGUCAGACUUUACAAAAAAAAAAAAAAAAAAAAGGCAGCCCAACACAACACAAACCUCCAGCUCAGUUUUCUUUUUAAAUUGAUAACAAAAUAGGACAUGAUAAAAGCACUUUGUCCCCAUUGGAUGCAGCCAAGGCGGGGGGAGGGUUGCUAACUGCUGGGGUGAAAGGGACUAUAAAACUAAAGGAUCCACUUUUACUCAAACGAGGAGCUUGCAGCUAAGUUAAAACGGGUGGGGCCUUAUCAGUCUCCCAGAGUGAAGAUUUAAAAACAAAGCUGACAAUUUUUGCCAAUUACUAAGCUCCUAGCUCAAAGAUGGAACCUACCGAAGUGAAAAACAGCGUUACAGAACAAGUCACGCAAUGCCCCAUUAUUUCCAAUACGCCGAAAGAAGGAGGCCGAAGGAAACGGACCACGUUUAGCAAAGCCCAGCUAGACCUCUUGGUUAAAACGUUUGAAAGGGAUCCCUACCCUGGCAUCACCGUGCGGGAGAGGCUCUCCAGUCUGACGGAGAUACCCGAGUCUAGGAUUCAGGUUUGGUUUCAAAACAGAAGAGCCAGGCAGCUGAACCAAAAGAAGAGUGAAGCCCCCACCUUUCCCAAACCUGAUUAUGGCAACAAGAAGCUGACCCACUUCACUGUCAAUUUUCCAGACAGGCCAAGAAUGACACAGACUCUUGAGUCUGGUCAGAGUCUACUCAAUCUACAGCCAUGUCUGCCAGAAGGGAAUCAAAAUGUUCCUAGUCAGCCCAUGCAGUAUUCAGAGCAACAACUUCCUAGGUUAGAUGGUCAUUUCAAGAGCUUGGACAGCACUUUUAGAACAGGAACCCAAAUCCAGACCCCAUCAACUCAUUUAAACUCCUCUUAUGUGUCAAGAGAAAACCAAUUCAGUUUAGGAGUCACGGGGAGUCCUUCCCAGAUUCAACACCCUGUGCAGCCACUACAGCAACAUCCAUACUAUCAGCUAUCUUUACCUGAAAACUACUACUCAGAUACAAAUCUAUUCCAGGCUGCUGUCCCCCUAGUUUUAGGGGGGCAGCAGUGUGGUCAAGGUCCUCAAUAUACAGCAGCCAAAGAGAAUGGAUACAGGAUGCCUGUGACUAUCAACUACUUAAACUCUAGUCAAGGAGUGAUCAAUGAGGAGUGUUCAUAUGUCAAGGCAAGCACCUCUCAUCUUAGUAAGAGUCCAGUUUUAGGUCAUGAUGGAGGAGACCCACAAGUAAAAAUGAAGCAGGCUGAGUGGAACAUUGAUUUACCUGUUUCUUCUAGCAUUGCUCUUCCCCCUUCAACAUUUGCAAACUGUCAGGUAACAUCUCAGAGGAUGUUGACUCCUCUGGUUCCUUUGUUUGGGCAACAACUGAAAGAUAUGAUAGAUGAAUUUGAUCCUUGUUGGUCAUACGUGAGAAACGAAGUCUUAGGUACUGGUCUAGAUUUGUUCUUUGAAAAUGAACAAAAUGUAGAGCAAAAUGGUGGUAGAAGUUACCUCUUCACCUCUGGUGAUCAGCGUUCAAGCUGCCACUUAGGUCAUACCUGAAAAUCAGCUUGGUGUGUAUGUUCAUGCUUUAUAAAUUUGCAUGAUUGUCAGGGUGAAAGAGGGAAGAGGCUGACGAGUGUUGCUGGCCAGUGUGUUGAGAGUUUGUUAUGAGAGCUGUGUGUGAGUCAGUAAGGGGUGGGGGGAAGGCAGGUGUGUAGAAGUUGGAAGGUGGCUGCUAGAAAUGAGUGAAUAACUUCAUCACAGAGUGUUUUCUGUUUGGGCAUUGUCAACAAGUUGCUUGCAGUGAUCUUGUAUUAGUUUAUAAUUGGCUACCAGAUAACUUUACUGGUCAAGGACAGUUCACUGAGUAUUUAGUUAGUUAGUUUCUGGUAGUUAGCUUUGACUGGAGGUAUGGGAAAGAUUUUAGGGAAUUAUGUCUGUUUCCUCAUGGGAAGAACGUGCUACAUAUCUGGUGUGACUACUCAUUUUUAAAAUCCAUUUUCUAUACAGUAUACUCCAUUUCUUUCACUGAAAGCUAUCACAGGAGGCACAAACACCAAAAAAAAAAAGCAAAUAGCGUGUUUGUUUUUAAAUGAAAACUUCAGUGGAAAUUGCAGGGAGGUGGGGUGGUAUUUUUCCUACUUGAUAUGUGCCUUUAGUUACAGUCGCUAGUAUCCCCUCUUUCAGAAGUAUUUAAUGUACUUUUUUUAGUGAACAAAAUGUGUAGCCCUUAAAAAGCAAUGUUUUGUGCAAAUUGGUGGUAUUCUAAUUGAAUUGCGUGAAUUCUGCUAUAAGAAAAGGUUUUUGAAAACCUUAUGUUCUUUACCAUUUCUUUCUCAUAGCCCUAAUUCUCUAAGGGGAAAAAAUAGAUUAACAAUAUCCUGAUUAAGUGGGCUGUAACAGGACUUGAAGGAAAGCAUCCUUUUGAGCUGAACUCUGAACACUAUACUGUAGAGCUUGAUCCUGAAGAGACUGAGACCCAGUUCCUCAAAGGUAUUGAGGUGCUUAAUUCCCAUUGAUCUUGGACAUCAAUGAGUGUUAGGUACCAAAAGACCCUUAAGAAACUGCCUAGAAGCUACUGAAUGGGCAUCCCUGUUUUUGCAUGAGGUUUGAUUGAAGUCCAUAAACUCAGGCGGUUGCAGGAGUGUGGCCAGGAUGUCUUAAUAUGUCUCUUUCAUAAAUGUUUGUAUAAUGCUCAAAAAAUGGCUGUGGAUUCUUUUUAAAUGUUGGCUUCAACCUUUAAUAUGUUUUUUUUAAAAUCAAUUUCAUUGUUCAUAUUAUAAAAUAAGACAAAUAUAAGCUAAGUGUUUCUUUUUUACACUGAUGUAGCUACAGAGAGGUAGUCCAGUGGCUUGCAUAUGGAUUGAGAAUUAACAAAUCCAGAGUUGUAGUCCUGGCUUUUAUAAUGAUUCCAUCUGUGGCCUUGGACAAAUCACUUAGCUUCUCUGCCUUCAUCAUCCCUAUAUUUAAAAUGGAAAUAAUACUUAACUACCUCAUAGUGGUCUUACAAAGAACCAUAGGCUAAUAUCUAUAAAGCGUUUUGCACACAAAAGGCACCAUGUGAGUGCUAAGAAUUGUAUUUAUUAUCCAAUGAUUUGUACUGAUUUUUAUGAUUGAAUUGCCUCAGUAAACUUUGUUUCUAAAAUGUA